GUCAUUAGAACAACAGAGUCGAUGAAAAGAUAAUAGUGGAGUGAGAUUCUUAUUUACACAUUUUGUGAUAAUUUUUGCAAUUAUUGAAAAAUGCCUAAUAGCAAUGAAAAUAAAAAUAUUUGUCGAACUUGUUUAGAAGAAAGUAAUAAAUCAAUGAUAUCAAUUUAUGAAGAAACAACCAUUCAAAAUAAGAUACAGCUUGUUACUAUGUUAAAAGAGUGUACUACUGUAACGAUUUCAUUAUCAGAUCAAUUGCCAAAAAUGAUUUGCUAUGAUUGUAGUCAACAAUUAGAAUCAAGCUACAAAUUCAAAAUAAAAUGUAUAUUAUCUGAUAAAAAAUUACGAGAGACAAUAAAACCAGAAUCAGAAGAAGAUAAUGAUUAUAAAGAAUCAUUUGUAAAUAACGAUGAAAAUCAUUCCUCAAUUAAAAUGGAAAAUUCCAAUAACGAAUGUAAUUUUAUAAACUUAGAAAUCAAAAAAGAAUUAGCCGAAUCAAAUGAUGGCAUAGAAAUUCACACAAGGGCACGUAGUUUGAGAAAUAAAUCAAAUAAGACCCAAAUAUCUGAAAUAAUUUCUCAUGUUGGUGAUUCUGAUGACGAUAUAAAAUUCGAAGAUGAUGAAGAUUAUGACGAGAACUUUGAUACAAAAGAUAAUAUUCUCGCCAAUGAUGAAAGCAAUGAUACAAGCGAAACAAAAGGACGAAAACGUAAAAAACGUUUAAAUACUACUAAGUACGAUUGUGAAGAAUGUACAGAAACAUUUUGUUCUAAAAAAUUAUUAAAAGAUCACAUGAAACGAUUUCAUGCACAUCAGGCUCACAAGUGUCAUAUUUGUGAUAAAGUGUAUAUGGCAACAGGAAGUUUACAAAAUCAUAUAAUGUUGGCACAUGAAUUUACGUGUAAUCGGUGCUUUAAAAAAUGUGAAAAUGAAGAUGAAUUAAAUGGCCAUUAUAAGGAGCAUAAAGAAAAUCAUUUGUUUUCGUGUAAAGAAUGCGGAAAAAUGUUUCAAAAGAAAUUUCGAUUAAUAUAUCAUAUUCGGACACAUUCAGGUGAACGUCCCCAUAUGUGCACCGUAUGUGGCAAAGCAUUUGCUUUAAGAGGCAAUUUAAAUGCGCAUAUGCGAAUUCAUACUGGAGCAAAACCUUAUCAAUGUGAAAUAUGUGAUGCUAGUUUUAGUCAAUUACCCACGUUACGCAGUCAUUUGAUACAUCAUACACAAGAAAAAAAUUAUAUAUGCCCGAUUUGUGGGAAAGCUUUGGCUAGAAAAUCUGGUUUAUCGCAGCAUUUAUUAUCACAUUCAGGCGAGAAGAAAUAUUGUUGUGAAAUAUGUGGAAAACGAUUUACUCACUCAUCAUCAAGGAAUACACAUCUUCGAAAUCAUUCGGGUGAGAAAAAUCAUACUUGUACAGUAUGUGGCAAAGCAUUUAGUCGUGCAGAUAAUUUACGUAUACAUAAUAAAAUUCAUACUGGUGAUAAACCACAUGAGUGUUCAAUUUGUGGGCGACGAUUUAUUCAAUUGCAUGUAUUAAAUACACAUAUGAAAACACAUCGAGAUUAAAAAUGAAUUAAUUUUUCA